AUGAUGCGUUUUCAACUAGCUCAGCUUGUCCUUGCCUUAUCCUCACUUUUAAAACUUCAAGUUCAGAGUUUGUGUAGAGGUAUUGACUUGGAAAAUGCAAUCAUAGAACAAAAAGUUAUGGAAAAUAUCAAACCAUUCAUCGUGGAACUAAUGAAGAUUCAACAUCAACAGACAUCAGACGAAUGUUUGCGUGUAUGUGGCACGACAGCCAACAGCAGCAAGACACAAUUACAGCAAGAUUUCAAGCGGAAAUAUGAAAGGCUUUCGAAAACAGUGGAUGAAAAUGCAGCUUUUGUAACACAACUGAAGAGAACAAGUUUAGGAAAUACUUUGAUAGAAGAUUUCCCUAUUCAUAUGAGCGAGACAACUUUAAAUUCAAGAACAUUUUUGUCACUUGAUCGGAAGUCACUUUUUAACUCUCGUAACCCGUGGACAAAUCUCACGAAUGACUUCCCUUUCGAAUGGCCGAUUGUAAGCGAUACCACCCUUGUGAAAUAUUACGGUGUGAAGGGUUCUCUUCCUAUAAAACAUCCGGACAUCGUUUGCUUCGAGCUUGACGCAUAUUACAGAAUAAAUUUUGACCUGACAGGACGAAACUUGUUGUUCGAGUUUGGGGUAGGGCGUGAAAGCGCCGUCGAUAAUUCUCACUACAUUGGAUGGGAGCUACACUCUACAUGGUCGUUCGUAGUUGCUCGAGACGACGUCACUGGUCGUGUAAAAAGCGCAUGUCAAUCACAGCAAAAGAAUCAUGGUGGUUUGAAAGAUGUGGGGAACAGUACAGCAGGCACGCACAACCACAUGGCGCUGGGUGUUCGCGUCAACAUGGCGGACGGGAAAAUGACGGUAAUGAACAGAUUGUCCAAUACCGUCAUCUGCGAUUUCUCCGAUGUUGAUGUUACACUGAAUCUCUGGCCUAUGUUCGGUGUCUACGCAAAAAGUAGUUCUGACGUCGUAUUGACGUUACGUCAUAGUUUUCUGCUGUCGUCACGGAUUUGGAUCGAUCUGUGAGGUCAAGCAUAGAGAUGACCGAUGUGUUAUACUUAAAAAGACCUAUUUAACGUUACGGAUGACACAAACAUUUGAACAUAUCUACCUCCAGCUAUGUAAUCACUUGAUCAUAACGGCCUAUAUCAACAUUGUUAUUAUGUAUAUAUUUUAGAACACGAUAUCAAGUGACUUCAUUCUAUACGUAAUAGAUUUUAAGUAAAUGAAUAUCCAAACACAA